GCAAAUUGCUUAUUUCAAAUCUUCCAUCAUUUUGUACAAGAAAUUUUAUAAAAUCCCAACAAAUCCUCCUGUAAAUCACUCAAAGUCCCCGACCCUCCAUAGGCCCCAUCUCUGAUCUUCUCCAACUCUAAACUCCAAACCCCCUUUUUGUACUUCUCUCUCUCUUCAUCUCAAAUCCCUUUGAGCUUUUCUUUUCAUAUUUUUAUAUAUAUUUACUUUCCUUUCUCUCCACAGAAUUUUCCUAGUCCUUCCUCCAGGGUCCCUCCAAAUUCUCCAUACCCAUCAGUUCUCUCUAUAAAUUAAGCUGAGUUUCAGUUCCAUUAGCCUCAGAAACACCAAGAAAAAGCUAAGCUCUCCCCUUGAAAAAUCAGUUCUUGAUUCAAGAAAACGAAAAUGGGAGAAUAUUGGACCUCUUUUGCUUCUCUUCUUGGUGUUUUAGCUUUCUGUCAAUCUCUCCUCCAAGUUAUCUUCCCACCAGAGCUCCGUUUUGCUUUUCUCAAACUCUUCAAUCGGAUCUUAAACGCUUUCUCUUCUUUUUUAUACUUUGAUAUCACCGAAAUCGAUGGUGUUAAUACCAACGAGCUUUAUAACGCUGUCCAGCUUUAUCUCAGCUCCUCUGUUUCCAUCUCCGGCAGCCGCUUGAGCCUUACUCGGGCUCUUAACUCCAGCGCUAUCACUUUUGGUCUCACAAAUAAUGACUCCAUUUUCGAUACUUUCAGUGGCAUCACCGUCCUCUGGGAGCAUGUCGUCUCUCAAAGACAAGCCCAGACAUUUUCUUGGCGGCCAUUGCCUGAGGAGAAGAGAGGGUUCACUCUUCGAAUCAAGAAAAAGGACAAGUCUUUGAUUCUUGAUUCGUAUCUGGAUUAUAUUAUGGAGAAAGCGAAUGAUAUCAGAAGAAAAAAUCAAGACAGAUUGUUGUAUACGAACUCGAGAGGUGGGUCGCUGGACUCGAGAGGCCAUCCAUGGGAGUCUGUUCCUUUCAAACAUCCGAGCACUUUCGAUACUUUGGCGAUGGACCCAGUGAAGAAACAAGAGAUUAUGGAAGACUUGAAAGAUUUCGCUAAUGGGCAAGGCUUCUAUCAGAAAACUGGGAGAGCUUGGAAGAGAGGUUAUUUGCUUUAUGGACCACCUGGUACUGGCAAAUCUAGUAUGAUUGCUGCCAUGGCUAAUUAUCUUGGUUAUGAUAUUUAUGAUCUUGAAUUGACUGAGGUUCACAACAACUCAGAGCUAAGGAAACUUCUGAUGAAGACAACUUCUAAAUCCUUAAUUGUUAUUGAGGAUAUUGAUUGUUCUAUUAAUUUAAGCAAUAGAAAGAAGAACAACAACAGUGGGAAUUCCAUGGGAAGAAGCUACUAUGACUCAGAAAUCCGAUCUGGGUCUGGCUCCGGCGGUGAAGAAGGUGGAAAUUCAAUAACUUUAUCUGGGUUGUUGAAUUUCACUGAUGGGUUGUGGUCAUGUUGCGGAAGUGAAAGGAUUUUUGUGUUCACCACCAACCACAUUGAGAAACUUGAUUCUGCAUUGCUAAGGAGUGGAAGAAUGGACAUGCAUAUAUUUAUGAGUUACUGUUCAUUUGCAGCAGUGAAGAUUUUAUUGAAGAAUUAUUUAGGGAUUGAAGAGAGUGAUUUAGAUGAUGAGAUUCUCAGGGAAUUGGAGGAGAUCAUUGAUAAAUCAGAGAUGACUCCUGCUGAUGUUAGUGAAGUUUUGAUCAAGAACAGGAGAAACAAAGACAGAGCUGUGAGAGAAUUGCUUGGAGCAUUGAAGGAAAAAGCUGAGAAUAAUUUAAAAAAUGUAGGUCUAAGAGACAAGAAUUUGAAUGCUGUGAAAGAGGAAGAAGAAGAAGAAGAAGAACAAGAGAAGAGAGCAUUAGAAAGUCCAAAAGAAGGUUGUGCUUGUGAAGAGGAGAAUUGCAAGAAAGAAACAGAGGAAGAAGAAAAGAUUAAGUGAUUCAAGAAAUGAUGAUUUUAGCUCUUUUCUUUCUCUGUUUCUUUUAUUUAUUAAUUUUUAUUUUCUUUUCUUUUCUUUUCAUUAAAAUCUUUUUGUGGUUCAGAAAGAUAAAGAUGAAAAAAAAAAAAAAAAAAAAAGAGAAGAAGAAGCAGAUUGAGAUUGGUUCUUGGGAGUAUUAAAUCUUGAAAAGAAAUUUUGUUGGCUGUGGGGGCUGGUGACUGACUGGUGAAGCUUGGAGGGAAGUGAAAUGGAAACUGUAAUGGAUAAUAUCACUAUAUUAGGUCUAAAAAAUUUCUGAAUGUUUAAUAUUAAUAUUAUAAUGUUAAUUAAAUAAUACAAGUAGCAUUAUAUGAUGAACAGAUAAGCUUGUAUUUG